AGUAAUAUAUAUUUUUCUUUGCAGGAAUAAACCAAAAAAAUAUAUAAGAUAUAGUGAAAAAUAGGAAGCGAAAUUACCGUAUGUUGUGAGACUGAGGACCGCAGAAACGCUAAUACAGGGGGAGUGGUAUACUCGCGAAAGAACAAUCAAAUGAAAUGAAAGAGGGUUAUUGCUGCUGCUGAUUCGAAUCAUUCGAAUGGAGGAGCCUAAGCCCAAGGAUGUUAAGGAUGCUAUCGUUUCGUAUUCGAAUGGAAGGUCUGAUGACACGGCGCCGGACCGUCCUCCUCGAGUCUAUGCUGAUGGGAUCUACGAUCUCUUCCACUUCGGCCACGCUCGCUCCCUUGAGCAAGCCAAGAAACUGUUCCCAAACACCUAUCUGCUUGUCGGGUGUUGCAAUGAUGAAAUCACCCACACGUAUAAGGGAAAAACGGUUAUGACGGCGGACGAACGCUAUGAAUCUCUUCGCCAUUGCAAGUGGGUGGAUGAAGUCAUUCCCAAUGCACCUUGGGUGAUUACACAAGAAUUUCUUGACAAGCACAACAUUGACUUUGUGGCCCAUGACGCUCUUCCUUAUGCAGAUGCUAGUGGAGCCGGGAAGGAUGUCUAUGAGUUUGUUAAAGCUGCGGGGAAGUUCAAGGAAACAAAACGAACUGAUGGGAUUUCUACUUCGGAUAUUAUAAUGAGGAUUGUAAAAGAUUAUAACCAGUAUGUGAUGCGUAACUUGGAUCGUGGAUAUUCAAGAAAAGAGCUUGGCGUUAGCUAUGUGAAGGAAAAGCGGCUGAGGGUGAAUAUGAAAUUGAAGAAACUACAAGAGAAAGUGAAGGAACAACAAGAGAAAGUGGGAGAGACGAUUCAAACCGUUAAAAUGCAUCGCAAUGAGUGGGUGGAGAAUGCCGAUCGGUGGGUUGCUGGAUUUCUUGAGAUGUUUGAAGAAGGUUGCCAUAAAAUGGGCACUGCCAUCAGGGAUCGAAUUCAAGAGCGGCUAUUGGGUCCGCAGUCUAGAGAAUCCACAUAUUUCUUAGAAAAUGGUAAUGAGAAUGUUGAAGAUGAUGAUCAUGAAGAAUAUUAUGACGAGGAUGAUGAUGAUGACUAUGAUGAGGAGGAUUAUUAUUAUUAUGAUGACCAAGGAAGUAUAGAUGAGAAAGAAAAGCACUAAAAAAUUUAAAGUUGCAGAGAACAGUAUUAUUUGCUCUUCCAUGCUUGCACGUAGUUUUUUUUUCUAGCCACUUGGUCCCUGUAAAAUGCCAUACAGUAGUAGUAACGGAUGAUGAAUUAUGAAACAUGGUUCGCUCUGGCUGUGAAAGCAAAUUUGUGUUAAAAGUUGGAAACUUCUGCCUUCUUGUAAUUUUGUCUUCCAUUUUAGUGUGUUUGAAAUUUCUCACAACUUGUAUACUGAUACGCCUGAAGUGCUGUUUCCGGCUGGCAAGAAUGACAUUCUUGAAUGUUGUUUGGGGCUGCUA